CGGUCACACUGACUUGGUCAAGUUUUAUGCCGGCAAACUGCCGGAGGAAAAUCUUUGGAGGCACUUCCACAGAGAUGACAAAAUGUCCCUUCUUCAUAUCACAGUCAUUGUGGAACAUUUCGAGACUGCUCUUUGGUUACUGGAGAAAUACCCAUAUUUAGCGCUACUAAAGGAAGAUAAAGGAUUGACAAGCCUUCAGUUGCUAGCCCAAAUGCCAACUGCCUUUGAGCACCAGUUUGAACAAAGCAAAUGGAAGAUGCUAAUUUAUAAAUGCCUCCCUGUUGGAGGAGAUGUGGUCGCACCAAAUCAGAAGGAUGAUGUGGAGAGCAGCAUGGAUAGUAACCAUCCCCGUCAAUCCAUCUUUCGGAACAAUCUUGCAGUUGUCAUGAAGGCUUACUAUUCACUAUGGGACUCCCUUGCUAAAGUAGGCACGCAGGACAGGAUAAUCUAUAGGAUAUGGAAGACCAAGAAAAAUAAAAAAUCACUAAAUGAACUCAUCCGAUUGCUCGUCAAGAGGGAGGACUAUUCUUGGUUGACUACUGACAAGGAAUGGGAAGUAGAGAUCAGGACCAUUAAUCUGGGAUCAGGGGAAAAACCUGAACCUAAUAAAGAUGGUGAUGAUGGAGGCAAAAAAGGAAAACCAGCCGCAGAAGAAAUCGAAUCGAGAAAGGAGGCGAGGAAUGAAGUUUACAACUCUUCCCCAUUGCUUAUAGCAACUAUCAAAGGAAUUGUACCCAUUGUGCGAGAGAUACUUGAGCAGCGUCCUCAAGCAGUCGAGCAUGUUAACCUUUACGAACGCAACAUUUUGCAUCUGGCCAUUAAGAACCGUAAGGAAAAGAUCCUUGAUCUUAUCAAAAGCAAACCAACUCUGAUGUCGAAGCUGAAUGAGAGGAUAGAUCUCAAUGGAAACACCAUAUUGCACCAGGCUGCAGAUAGAACUUACUACUCUAUAGCAGUGUCUCAGAAAUUAAUAGGCCCUGCCAUGCAAUUGCAAGAAGAGCUGCGCUGGAUGCUGCGUAUAAAAGAGAUAGUACCGCCUCAUUACAUCAUGCACCACAACAACAACAACCAGACAGCGGAGGAGUUUUUCAACGUUGAGCAUGAAAAGCUUUUGAAGUCCGCACAAAAAUGGGUAAAAGAAACGGCUCAAUCAUGCUCAACCGUGGCGGUGCUAGUGGCCACUGUGGUCUUUGCAGCCGCCUAUGCCAUUCCUGGGGGUUUUAACGACGAAAGUGGCCGUCCUAUUUUCCAGGAUAAUCCUCUCUUUUUGCUCUUCACCUGCAUGGACGUUGUGUCCAUUACAUGCUCACUAUCUUCAGUGGCAUUCUUUCUCUCUGUCCUCUCCUCCCCUCUCGAGUACCCACAUUUCGUUAGCAGCAUUCCUACCAAGAUCAUGACAGGAUUCAUCUUGCUCUUCUUCUCCAUGGCAACCACCAUGCUCGCCUUUGCUGCCACCAUUUUGCUCUUGAUUCGGGUCAAGAAGAAAUGGACCGAGUCUUUACUUUACCCUAUUGCCUUUUUUCCAGUCCCUUUUUUUGCCCUGCUUCAAUUUCCUAUGUAUCAAUCUCUCAUAACCAUGGUUCAGAAAAUUCAUGCCUGGUUUGAAAAACCCAUUUGUGGCUUUCUUGGCUUACGCAAUAAGAGAUCGGGAUCAAUAUGGGGGAAGAAAGGUGUAUUGAAUCACAUAAACUUUUCGUCGCAGCAAAAUAUGUGGUGCAUAGAUUCACAAUCUUACAACUUAAAUAGUUAUUUGUGUUAUCAUUUGAAUAUUUUGGAUUUUUCUUAUUUUCACAGUGAUAUUUUCUUCAUUCACAAAUAUGGGCAAUAAGUGAAGAACAAGGGCUUGUCACAAAUUGUAUGCCAAUGGUUAUAUCU